AUGUCCCACGGGACCUACUACGAGUGCGAGCCCCGGGCUGGCCAGCAGCCACUUGAGUUCUCAGGGGCCCGAGUGGGGCCUGGGGAGCUGGGGGACAUGUGUGAGCAUGAGGCCUCCAUCGAUCUGUCUGCCUACAUCGAGUCUGGGGAGGAACAGCUCCUCUCUGACCUCUUUGCUGUGAAGCCGGCACCUGAGGCCCGAGGCCUUAAGGGCCCUGGAACCCCUGCCUUCCCCCACUACCUGCCGCCUGACCCGCGGCCCUUCGCCUACCCUCCACAUACCUUCGGCCCCGACAGGAAGGCCUUGGGGCCUGGCAUCUACAGCACCCCAGGGAGCUACGACCCCAGGGCUGUGGCUGUGAAGGAGGAGCCUCGGGGGCCCGAGGGCAGCCGGGGGGCCAGCCGCAGCGGCUACAACCCUCUGCAGUACCAAGUGGCGCACUGUGGGCAGACGGCCAUGCACCUGCCCCCGGCCCUGGCAGCACCCAGCCAGCCCUUGCGCGUCCUCAAGGCCCCUUUGGCGGCUGCCGCGGCCCCCUGCAGCCCCCUCCUCAAGGCACCCUCACCGGCUGGCGCCUCGCACAAGGGCAAGAAGGCCGUGAACAAAGACAGCCUGGAGUACAGGCUGCGGCGCGAACGGAACAACAUCGCGGUGCGCAAGAGCCGGGACAAGGCCAAGAGGCGCAUUCUGGAGACGCAGCAGAAGGUGCUAGAGUACAUGGCCGAGAAUGAGCGUCUGCGCAGCCGCGUGGAGCAGCUGACCCAAGAGCUGGACACCCUUCGCAACCUCUUCCGCCAGAUCCCUGAGGCCGCCAACCUCAUCAAGGGUGUAGGGGGCUGCAGCUGA